CUGCUUUCCUCACCAGAUACGGCCAACGCUCCAGAACCAUGUCGCCAACAACCACCUUUUCAAUAUUGCUCAUCCUCAGCAAUGCCAUCUCCAUGGCUUUCGCUUCUGAUCCAGACUUACUUCAGGACUUAUGCGUCGCUCUUCCCUCUUCAGGAGUGAAGGUGAACGGGUACGCAUGCAAGGAUGAGGCCAGCGUGACAGCAGAUGAUUUCUUCUUCACUGGGUUAGCGAAGCCAUCGGUGAUACUUGAUAACAACACUGCCGGGCUUGCCGUGAAACUAGCCACGGUGGAUCAAAUUCCAGGGCUCAACACAUUAGGGGUAUCUAUGGCCAGGGCGGAUUAUCGAGUUGGAGGGUUGACCGCGCCUCACACUCACCCACGAGCCACUGAGAUGGUGUUUGUGUUGGAGGGAGAAUUGCAGGCGGGAUUUAUCAUCACCUCCACCAAGCAUUUCACUAAGACCAUUAAGAAAGGCGAAGUAUUUGUGUUCCCAAAGGGUUCGCUUCAUUAUCUGAAGAACAUCGGGAAGACGCCCGCUUCUCAUCUUGUAGCCUUCAACAGUCAAAAUCCGGGAGCAUUGUUCAUAGAGCCAGCUCUGUUCAGUGCUACGCCAAGUGUGCCUGAUGAUGUGCUCGCCAAGACGUUCCAGAUUAGCGUUGAAGAGGUUGAACAGAUCAAGAACCCCAAGAAGUAGGUCUGAUUAAAUAGAGCCUAUCUCAUGUUGGAGAAAGAGAAUGUCGUCAUUUGGCGUUAUAAUCUUGCUUUCCUUUUCUUUCUUUGCUUUCUUUUUUCCCCGUUAGAGAGAGAUCACGAUGGUUCUGGGGCAAUUCUUUGGGCAAAUAUCGUUGUUGCAGGUGUAUAUGAUGGUGAUCACUGCUCUACAAUAACUGUGCACGUUGGAUAUUCGGAAGUGACAUUUUUUUUUUCCUGAAAUAAUGUUUCAAUUAAUCCUUUCCUUUAA